GUUGAUUGGCUUUCAGUGAUAUAAUCUAUACAUAAGUUACGAAGCAUGCGAACUGGCAUGAGUUUUUUUUUCCUCACUUCUCUUGGGCUGGGUUCCUAUGGACAGUUGCCAGGUGGUAUGAUAUCAAUCUGGUCGAGUCAGAAAGGAUGUUUGGAUAGUCAAGCUCGGGUAACCAAAGGAAGAUAAGGGAAGCUGACCCGUUGAGCGGUGGAAUUUAGAAGUCGAACCUGAAAGGAACUAGCAUAGCUUCUACAAUUAACCAUAACACAAUUAGCAUCGCUUUUAGCGCCAUGGCAUACUCUCUGCAACUAUCAUUACCAACGCGAGUUUUCCGUUCUCCAAGAAAAAUUGACAGGAAAAAUCCAUGCUAUCUUCACAUUGUUUUCUCUUCCUCGCAGUCCAACCCUCAUGGAGAAGAGGAAGAUAACGGAAGGGUUCAAGGUCAGGUAAUUUUAGUGGAGAGAUAUGGCAAUGGUACCUCGAAAAGGUAUUUGUUGAAUGAGGAAUCCCAAUUACAAACUCUUGUGGAGGAGCAUGACUCUGUAAAUCAUAGUAUCCAGCUUUCAAAAUUCUCGCGACUGGAUUUAUCCUUGAUUCCAGAUACUGUGAAGGAUUUUAUCUUGCCCGCAGGAUUCCCAGGCUCCGUUUCAGACGAUUACUUGGAAUACAUGUUGCUACAAUUCCCAACAAAUGUUACCGCAUGGAUAUGCCAUACAUUAGUCACAUCAAGUCUCCUAAAGGCUGUUGGUGUUGGUUCUUUCUCUGGGACUACUGCAGCUGCCUCUGCAGCUGCCAUUAGAUGGGUGUCUAAGGAUGGAAUUGGAGCUAUCGGGCGCUUGUUCAUUGGAGGACGCUUUGGGAAUCUUUUUGAUGAUGAUCCUAAGCAAUGGCGCAUGUAUGCUGACUUCAUUGGCAGUGCUGGAAGCAUCUUUGAUCUGACUACCCAAGUAUAUCCUACAUAUUUUCUACCUUUGGCAUCUCUAGGGAAUCUCACCAAGGCUGUUGCAAGAGGACUAAAAGAUCCUUCAUUCAGAGUGAUUCAGAACCAUUUUGCAACCUCUGGAAAUUUGGGAGAGGUAGCAGCUAAGGAGGAAGUCUGGGAGGUAACUGCGCAGCUGCUUGGCCUUGCGGUUGGCAUACUGAUCCUGGAUACACCUGACCUUGCGAAAUCAUAUCCAAUCCUGUCUGUUACAUGGACAAGCAUGCGACUUAUGCACCUUUGGUUGCGUUAUCGGUCACUUUCAGUUCUAAGAUUUAAUACAGUAAAUAUGUUCAGGAUUCAGUUCCUUCUCCCUGAUACAAGAGGUUUUCUUAAGUUGUAGAAUCCCUGUGGGGAAGACUAUAAUACUUCAACAAGAGGGAACCUCAAAGGGCCAUUUGCUUAUAGUCA